AGACAUCCGCUAGGCGAGGUGUCUGCUGCCGCCGGCUUUGAGAGGUCAUUUCAAGUGGAGUGCUGCUUAUCCCUCCGUGCAGUUUAUAUUAUUUAUAAGUUAAUAACGCGAGUUGUUAUCAGUGUCACGUGUGCAUCCUUAUCGUCUGCUACCAUGAAGCUUCCAGUUUCCCUCAUCUUGCAGCUCAGGCAGGCUGCCCUACGAAAUUCUGCGGGAAUGGCACUGCAUACCUCUGCAGUUCGAGGAGCAAGUGGGGCAGACGUCCGGAUCGAGUCUGACACCUUUGGCGAGCUGAAAGUCCCCGCCGACAAAUAUUAUGGCGCGCAAACGAUGCGGUCCAUGAUUAAUUUCAACAUCGGAGGUGAACAUGAACGUAUGCCACUUCCAGUGAUCAAGGCCUUUGGCAUCCUGAAGAAGGCUGCAGCAGUUGUCAACAAGGACUACGGGCUUGACCCAAAAUUGGUGGAUGCAAUCGUAAAGGCUGCCGAUGAGGUGAUAGAUGGAACGUUGAAGGACCACUUUCCGUUGGUAAUCUGGCAGACGGGAUCGGGCACUCAGUCGAACAUGAACGUCAACGAAGUGAUUGCCAACCGCGCCAUCGAAAUCCUCGGCGGAAAAUUGGGGAGCAAGACUCCAGUCCAUCCAAACGAUCACGUCAACAAGAGUCAGAGCUCCAACGACACCUACCCUACGGCAAUGCACAUUGCUGUCGCCAUGGAGAUCGACACGCUGCUCUUACCUGCGCUCAAAAAACUUCACGGUGCCCUUCAGGAGAAAGCGAGGGAGUUUGAGGAGAUAAUUAAAAUUGGUAGGACACACACACAGGAUGCUGUUCCUCUGACGCUCGGACAAGAAUUUGGUGGAUAUGCCACUCAGAUCCAGUUUGGAAUUGAGAGGGUGAAGGCAACUUUGCCACAUCUUUAUUACCUGGCUGCAGGCGGUACGGCCGUUGGAACGGGCCUCAACACGCGGGUGGGAUUUGCGGAGAAGGUGGCCGAAAAGGUGUCGUCGUUCACAGGUCUGCCCUUUGUGACCGCACCCAACAAGUUCGAAGCCCUAGCGGCGAACGACGCCAUGGUGGAGGUUUCGGGUGCCCUGAAUGUUGUCGCGUGUAGCCUGAUGAAGAUAGCCAACGACAUUCGUUUCCUCGGAUCUGGGCCACGUUGCGGAUUCGGCGAAUUGUCGCUGCCCGAGAACGAGCCUGGGAGCAGCAUCAUGCCCGGCAAGGUGAAUCCGACCCAGUGCGAAGCCGUUACCAUGGUUGCCGCCCAGGUUAUGGGAAACCACGUAGCUGUGACGGUCGGCGGAAGCAACGGCCACUUUGAACUCAAUGUCUUCAAGCCCCUCAUCGUGUCCAAUGUCUUGCGUUCCAUCCGGCUCAUUGCGGACAGUUCGGUCUCCUUCACGGACAACUGUGUCAGUGGCAUCGUUCCCAACAAGGAACACAUAAAAAAGCUUCUGCACGAAUCCCUGAUGCUGGUGACGGCACUCAACCCCCACAUCGGCUACGACAAAGCUGCCAAGAUCGCCAAGACGGCCCACAAAGAGGGCGCCACCCUCAAGGAGACUGCCAUCAAGCUGGGAAUCCUGACGUCGGAACAGUUCGACCAGUGGGUGCGCCCGGAAGACAUGUUGGGUCCCAAGUGAGAGUGGACGUGCUCUCUUCGGACAUAAUUUUUGUUUUACCUCGUUGCAAGAUAUUUUGGUUUGCAAAUAGAAAAAGGAAAGAAAAAAAGGAUGUUGCAAAAAAUGGAAGGUGCGGUUGAAUCAGUUCCGGCUCCGUAGGGUGUCCUCCAUUUUGGAUGGACAAAAUGUACAGGUUUUGCAAGAUAAAGUACUACGUUUACCAGGUAGUGCCAAGAUUAUGUUUAUUCUGUACUGUAAAAAUAAACACUGGGAAAGGGGGGCUUUGAAGCGUUCCUCAACAGUGUA